CACAUGGGGGUGCGGGGGUGCGGGUGCCAAGCGCCAUGGGUUAGACCCGAGAUCGGAGUCCGGCCGCCCCCCCGACAGCAGCCGCCUCCUAGUCUCCGUGCGCCCCGGGCGCCACCAUGUCGGGCGACAAACUCUUGAGCGAACUCGGCUAUAAGCUGGGUCGCACGAUAGGUGAGGGCAGCUACUCCAAGGUGAAGGUGGCCACCUCCAAGAAGUACAAAGGUACGGUGGCCAUCAAGGUGGUGGACCGGCGGCGAGCGCCCCCGGACUUCGUCAACAAGUUCCUGCCGCGAGAGCUGUCCAUCCUGCGGGGUGUACGGCACCCGCACAUCGUGCACGUCUUCGAGUUCAUCGAAGUGUGCAACGGGAAGCUGUACAUCGUGAUGGAGGCGGCGGCCACCGACCUGCUGCAGGCCGUGCAGCGCAACGGGCGCAUCCCCGGGGCGCAGGCGCGCGACCUCUUCGCGCAGAUCGCGGGCGCCGUGCGCUACCUGCACGACCACCACCUGGUGCACCGCGACCUCAAGUGCGAGAACGUGUUGCUGAGUCCUGACGAGCGCCGCGUCAAGCUCACCGACUUCGGCUUCGGCCGGCAGGCGCACGGCUACCCCGACCUGAGCACCACCUACUGCGGCUCGGCCGCCUAUGCGUCGCCCGAGGUGCUCCUGGGCAUCCCCUACGACCCCAAAAAGUACGACGUGUGGAGCCUGGGCGUGGUGCUCUACGUCAUGGUCACCGGGUGCAUGCCCUUCGACGACUCGGACAUCGCUGGCCUGCCGCGGCGCCAGAAGCGCGGCGUGCUCUACCCCGAAGGCCUCGAGCUGUCCGAGCGCUGCAAGUCCCUGAUCGCCGAGUUGCUACAGUUCAGCCCAUCCGCCAGGCCCUCGGCGGGCCAGGUCGCGCGCAACGGCUGGCUGCGCUCGGGGGACUCCGGUUAG